UUAGUAAACACCCUGACAUCCUGAUGUUUUCUGCAGGAGAGACACUGGCUUCACGUGUCGCUGCCUCUCAGCUCACCUGUCUUGGCUGUCCUGAGCUCAUCGCCCAAAGCCGUCAGGAGUAUGAAGAUGUGGCUGUGAAGCUUGGCACUGAUAUGGAAUUCCUGAAGAAGGUCCGCUCCCGCGUGUGGAAGCAGCGCAUCUGCAGCCCGCUCUUCAACACCAAACAGUACACCAUGGACCUGGAGAGACUCUACCUGCAGAUGUGGGAGCGUUACGCCGCUGGAGGCAAACCUGACCACAUGGUCAAAAUGCAGUCUCUGGAGAGCAGCGAGAGCGGAUAAGCUAAGCUUGUCCCUGCAUGUCCCCCGACUCCUCAUGUCCUCCAGUAUGUGACGGUCACAGAGACUCUAUGGGUGAGCACUGUGACUAUGAUCCCCACCAGCUUUUGUUUCCAUGAGCCAGAAUGGACAGUAGGAUGCACAAAGCUGCUCCACUGAAACUCCUCCCCCUUUUCCAUCGUCUGACUAAAUUGAUGUUGGUUGGCUCCACUUUCAUUGUUUGUUUCUCUGCUUCUUAAGGGACUUUUCUGUAAUUGAAGUGGACUUUAUGAAAAAAGUGAGGUCUAAAAUGAGAAGGGGCAGUCUUAAAAUAAUUCAGAAAAUAUAUAAACGUAAAGUAAUCAUCACAGAUAGGUUUUUUUUUAAUUAGGUUAUGUGCUUUUUGACCUAUUUUAGCUUUAUCAUGACUUCAAUCUGGGUGACGGAUACAUACCUCGGAUCACCAAUCUUUUUCCCAAAUGAAUACCGACAUUUCCAUAUGCUAUCAAUAGAGAAAAUUUCCUCUCUUUUUCAAAACAUGCUAUGUGAACAUGCUGAAUAGAGGAGUGUCUUAAGACACAAUGACAGAAGGCUUGCAAAUUGCCUCCUGAUUUUUUAUUUUUUUUUUGUUUGUUUUUUACCAGGAAAGGUCUAGGUAAGUAUGUUCUAAGCGGUUUUGGUUUUGUACACUGUCUUCCUAUUAACUCAUUUUGUUUAUGCAUUGUCAGUGUCAAUUCUGUAAGGCUCUUUACAUAAACUGAAAUAAAGAGAUGUGGCAAACCUUAAA